AUUUCAGUCUAUUUUAAGACUUGGAAAACCAAUGUGUUGUGUGUCCAAAAUGUCCAGCUUUAUAUUGGUUGAUGGCCAAGAAUCUUAGCUUCUCCCGCCAAAAUGGUUGCUGUGGUUGUUAUACUACUCUCAGCUUGCGUGAUAAGCUUCGGUUUUGUCAACCUUGCAUGACCAGCUUGGAUUGCCAUUCUUGUUGCUAGGCCCCAGGCAAAUGGUCAGCAUGGUCACCAUGUGGUGACAUUUUUUUUGGCUCAUGGACGUUGAUGAACAAUAAAUAAUUCGGGGUUUACAUUUUAUACAUAGCAUAUGUCAGGGAAUUGUUUAGUUGCUCUCUUUCUCUCUCUCUCUCGAUCAACAUGAUUUUGCAUUAAUGUUUUUUGGAUUCAAUUUCUCUAUUCCUAAAUUUUGUUCUCGUUUAAUAAAAUAUAAUUAAUAAUUAAAGACGUUCUUCAUAUCGGAAAAACAUUAACAAAAUGUUUGCUGUACAUGCUAUUAAAAUUAUCCAAGAAAUCAAUGAACUGGAAGCAAAAUUUGAACAAUUGGAAAAAAUUCGAAAAGAUUUUGCAGAUUUGAAAAAAUCAACAGAAAAAAGAAUUGAUGAUAUGAAUAAACAACAUGAAUCUCGAAUGAUUGAAGUUAUUGGACAAUUUAAAAAAAAACUCAAUGAAGCUAAUGGUCAAACUGUUUUAUUGAAUGCUAAAUUGAAGCAAUCAGAAUUGGAAAAGAAGAAUUAUUCAUCACUUUUUACAAUCACAUUGUUUAUAUUGUUGUUUUUGGGCGUUGUUUUUUAUCAGAAAACGAAAACACAUGAAAAAGAGAUUCAACGAGAAAAAGAAUUUCAACGUGAACUGAUUGUAGAAAAAUUUACAGAAAAAAUAAAUUAUUUUGAAAAAUUAUUAAACAAAAUAAGGGACGAAUAUAAACAUAUGACCAAGAUAAUUGAACAUUUGCAACAAUCAAAAAGUAAAAAAAAAAAUAUUUAACCAGCGCACAAUUGGAUUUCAAACAUAUCAAUUUCAUCAAUGAUGGGCAUGAUGUUUUUACUUUAAUGACCAUAAUAAUUAUUACAUUUAUUGGGUUAAUCAUAAAAAAUUAACAGAAA